UGCGCACCUGCUGGUGACGUCACUCUGUAAACCAUAAGAGUGCGGAUUUGGGAUGCCUUAACAACCCGAGAUACUAUCUUUUAUAACGUGCAGUUUGUUCCUUAGAGUCCUGAGAUAUUGACAGGUUAGGAGUUGUCAUCUUAAUCAUAGCUAUCGUGUGGCCUGCCAGCAGGUACCUGCCUGUACUCAGACAUUCCUUCUUCAACUACACGUUGAAUCGGUUUUAUAUGGGCAACAGCAACAGUACAACCACCAUGACUUCAGUUCCGAAACCAAACUCACACUACAAGUGUCGUAAUUGUCAGUACCCGCGUGGUGGACCUCAGCGUUACGCAGUACCCGAUGAUAAAGUGUCCUGGAAGACAAAUUACCCAGAAUAUGCACCCCCGGAAUUUACCUCAGAAUCUGUGUCUUCAGGACCGGUAUGGGCAGAUCCGGGAGUGACAGAGAAAGGGCCACCACCUUUGAAAUGGAAUACUGUCCAUGGCAAAGUAAACAGGGUCAGCCAUAUGGGUCAAUAUGAAGUAGUUAAUGGCUUACCACAGAAUCCCGUCGGGAGGACAGGAAUUAGAUCGCGGGGACAUUUAGGACGUUGGGGGCCGAACCAUGCAGCAGACCCUAUUGUCACAAGGUGGAAAAGAGAUAAAAAUGGUUCCAAGGUUAUCCAUCCAACAACCAAGAAGCCUAUAUUACAGUUUGUUGCUAUACAGAGAAAAGACAGUGGAGAGUGGGCUAUACCUGGGGGCAUGGUGGAUGCUGGAGAGAGAGUCAGUGUCACUCUGAAGAGAGAGUUUGCUGAAGAAGCCAUGAAUUCCUUAGAAGCAAACUCAGAGGAAAAGGAGAAAAUUAAAAAGUCCUUGGAAACAUUAUUUAGUAAAGGUGUUGAGGUAUACCGAGGCUAUGUGGACGACCCACGCAAUACUGACAAUGUCUGGAUGGAGACGGUGGCUUACAACUUCCAUGAUGAUACAGGAGACAGCGUGGGGAAGUUUAAUCUUAAUGCGGGUGAUGAUGCUGGCAAUGUGAAGUGGACCGAUAUCAGCAGCUCUCUUCAGCUCUUUGCCAGCCAUGUGGAUUUUAUAGAAAAAGUAGCUAAAAAGAAUAAUGCACAUUGGUGAUUCAUAUUUCAUGAAAUAUAGGUUAGGAAGGCAAUUGUGAACCAUAAGGGGGGGUGGGGGGUGGGGUCUCAAAGAAGGGUAUUAAAAUUGCCCCUUUACUGAACUCUUCCCAUCUAAAUUUUGACCCCCUGUAUAAAGUAAGUUCAGAAUGGACAAGAGUAGAGUAGAGGAAAUACCACCCCUGAACAAAAUUACACAUAUAUAUUUAAUUUCAGGAAAAUAUUAUAAGGUUUUUGCCUCACAGUUUGCAACAAUUCAUUUCUCUUCUUUGGUAUUGUGUAUAAGACCUUCCAUAGACCCCCCUAAGGUUACAACAUUCAAUAAGAUAUUUCUCUGGAGUGCAUUCUGGACAAUAUUCAAUGGGAAUCCUCUGAGAUGGCCCAAAUUCUGGCAUCUUGGCGUAUCUCAGAAGAUUUCCAUUACAAUGAGUUUUAGUAAUUGCUUUUGUGCCAUAACUUUACUUUAAGAAAUGUGAACUUUACAACGUGCAAAAAGUUUCAGGAAGACUGGGUAAGACUGUGAAAUACUAUUAUAUGAAAUACUAUACUGUACGCAGUAGAUCAAAAUGUCGUAGAAGACUGGAGACUGUGGCAAUAAUAUCCAUGGCUUGUUCCCUGUAGGUGAAAAGGUGUAAGUUAUGCUCAAAUUUAAUCUGCAUUUAAUCUUCCUUAGAAAUGCUAGAAGCAACUCUGUGACAGUGACUGUAUAGUAUUUGCUUUAAUAAGUUUUAUCAUUCUUUGUAAGCGUACAGAAAUAAAUAUGACCUAUAAGCAAAAUUUCAACAAAACUUGGAAUACCUUCAAAGGAUAAAAGUAUUAUGUAGGUGACUGUGUAGAAAGUGCCAAGUUGUAAACAAAGAAACAGUUAAAGUUGCCUGAAAGUAGCCCAUGAAAUGCCAUGAUUUACUCAUUUCUUGAAACCCUUUGUUUAAACUAAUUUAGAAAAAAAACUUUUGGCAUUCACCGACAUGCAAAGGAAAAAAUUGAACUGUAUCCACUAUCAAAACUAAAAGGGGCAUGAUGUUUGCCAUUAAUGUAAACUUUUUAGCAAGGCUUUCACAUUUAAUAUGGAUCAUUCCUGUUUUGGUAUACUUUUGUUAUUUACUUUUUGCAGUAUACUUGGGACAGCUACCCACAAAUGUAAAAUAUUUACAUGAUGUGAAGGCAUUGACUUCCAGGAUUAGUGUCUAUUAAUUGAAUAUUCUCUCAUCUGAAAAUGUGAUAUUGUGUAGUUAUUUUUCUUUUGAUAACUAAAUGGUAAUUAUAUUAGAUACUUGGGGUAGAUGAUUUCUACUAAAUUUGAAAAUCUGUUAAGAGAUACUGCUUUGUGUAUUGAAUGUGUAAGAAUAUUUUCUUAAUAUCAAACAUUUUGUAUUUGUGUUAAAUUCUCUGCUGGUUAAUUCAGCUUAAGACUAUAAGGAAAACUGUAAAUUUGUGAUGUCUUUUUCUUAAUAGUGAACAGAUAUAUAAUCAUUAUUAAAGUAAGUCUGCAUACUA